AUGUUCCCCCCACACCCCAUCCAAUCCCAAUUGCUCCAGCUAAGCAUACCACAGAUCGCAUACCUCAUCAUCCUCUGUGAGAACGAAGGCAAGAUCGAUGCAAAGAUCGGUAACGCGCCCAUCCCCGCCGGUCGCUCCAUCAUCUCCUGCAAGAAACUCCUCGUCCGCCUCAAGGAGAAGCACAAGGACGACAUUACCAAGAUCAAGAACGGCCAAGCCUUUGGUCCACCUCCUACUACUACCGACGCCACUCCCGAGAAACCCAAGGCCAAAGCCACACCCAAGAAGCGAAAGAGCAAGCUUGACCUUGACGCCAGCGCUGAUGGCAACGGCGGUGAUGGUGGUGAAGCAGAAGGUUCCCCGAAGAAGAAGGCUACGCCCCGGGGUCGCAAGAAGAAGGUUGAGGUCAAGGAGGAGGUUAAGGAAGAGGAGGGUCUUGUAGAUGAGGAGAUGCUGGAGGAGGAGGUUUGA